UGGUCGUAUGGAUUUGGCUGAAAUUUGAAAAACAUAAACACUCUCCUGGCGGGUCAAUUGAAUUAGAAAUCCCGAAUUCCGAACUCAAAUUUACAACAUCCAGUAAAAGUGUUCCCGCCCCAACAAUUGAAAUCGCCUUCUUCUUCUUCUCCAAUCCCCGCUCUUUCCCUCCUCCACAUUUUCCAUUUCCAAACCCUUGUAAACCCUCUAAUCCAAAUUCACCCAUUUUUUCUUCCUUCCAUUUUCCCCCAAUUUUCCAUUUUUUCCGCGCGAAUUUCUACAGUGUUCAACAACCACUUUCAAUUGUCGCCGUUUUCCGGAUUUUCUCUCUCCAAAGGUCAGUGCUUUCAAUCGAUUCAUCUGUAGUCGUAAAUCCUUGUAAAUCAGUUUUAUUUUUUUAGCAAUUAUAUUGAUUUUGUUGUGUAAAUUUGCGAUUAGGGUUUAAAAAUUCAAUCGAUUUCAUAUCUGGGUAUUUUCUGGGUAUCGCGAUUUCAUAUCUGGGUAGCUUUUUUUUAAUAGAAUAAAUUAAUGGGGGAAGAUAAAUCUGAAAAGUUACACGAAAAGGAGAAUCGUCCUGUACUGGGUAAUAUCACAAAUCAACUUGGAAAACGAGGGUUUUCUUUGAUUUCUCGUAGUCCGCCUUCUAAAUCUAAGAGCAGUGAUAGUCAAAAUGCGGAUGAUACAGAUAGUGAUUCUAAUUUCUGGAAGCAAGUUUCUUUGGUUGUUGAGAAAUUAGAGAAAGAGAGGAAUGGUACUCCGGCAAAAUGCCCUAAAAUUGUUAAUGAAGUCGGGUUGUCGCCGUUGAGGGGCGGCAAGACUUACCGAUUGCUUAAUACUUCCGGCGAUACUCGAAAGGGUAUGCCUAGUAAUGUUGCUAGUGAGUGUAAAGAGACUGCUAGUUAUGCAUUGGAUAGCAUAGAUUUGGACGUUGUUAAUGUGGGUGAGACUGUGAAAGAAGGUUGUGUUUCGGAGGUGAAAGCCGGUGAGAGCUCGAAAUGUUGUGAGAGGGAUUGUGUUGAGGGUGGGAAGGAAUGUCAAGGGGAGGAAGUUAGGGAAAUUUCUGAUUCUGUGGGAAAUGAUUGUGCUCAUGAAGUGCUAGGUGGUACCGGAGCUGCGAGUGACCAUGGUAUGAAUCCUGGUGCUGAGUGCUUGAAAACUAGUCAGUCUGAAUCAGUUGUGAGUUCGAGAUUGAACGAGAUGAAAGGAUUUGGAUUGGAGAGAUGCACAUCACUAAAAGAGGAUGGUAGUGGUGUAGAUUUGCUUAAGCAUUGCUCAUGCUCUUUUUGUACAAAAGCUGCUUAUAUAUGGUCUGAUCUGCAUUAUCAGGACGUGAAAGGCCGGAUAUCAGUAAUGGAGAAAAGUCAGAAGGAAGCAAGCAAGUUGGCUCAGAAAUACUCGGCAGAAAAUGAAAUUGGAAGCCAUAGCCAAGAGAAUUUAACUAACGUCACACAAAUAGAGACUGAUCUCAUGAAUCAUUGGAGGUCCCUAUUUCUUCACAUGGAGGAUAUGUACGUUAAUGAAGGCAAUCAACUACAAAACAAUUUUCUUGCAUUGAAAGAUUUAAGAGAGGACUAUAAGAUGAAUUUAGAGAUGAUCAACGGAGUGCCAUCAGAUGUGCAACAAUGUUCGUCAGAUACUUCUGAUCGUACGAUAGUCUAGGAAGUUUGGUCUCUGCAGGUUUGUCUUGUUCCUUCCCCACAUCUCAACUUAGGAUUGUUUAAUAGCCCAAAGCACAUCCCUGCGUGAUGUCAUUAGCGUCUGUAGUAGCUGUAUCAAUGUAAUACUACAAAAUUAUGCCAGUAACACAAUUUGCUAAAGGUGAUAAUGGAAAUUGUGUUACCGGGUUAAUGCUACCAUCCUUAUUUGGGUAAUGAAUUUGAGUUGAAUUGCA